AUGGCGGCCGCGAAUCCAGAGCAGCUGGUGCGCAGCUCCAUGAAACGAACGCGGGAGAUAUUCGCAGCCGAUUUUGCCUCACCUGUAGCUCUCGAACAUCCGCCGAACCGCGUCUUCUCGAUACCUCCUCCCACAAUUGCAUCGCGCGACCUGGCCGAGCAAAUAGGCGUCUCGUCGCGAAUACGUAGCGAAUACGAACAUGUUAGAGAACUCCCUCCCGCCCUAGCGGCGAAGAUGGCGAGCGCAGCUUCCACGGCUGUGGAGCGGCGAAAGAAGAUCAGAGAAGCGAAUGCGGAGGAGCAGGCAUCGGAUCCAAAGAUGAGGAAGAUGAUUGAAGGAGCUUCGACCAAGGCUGAACAGAAAAAGGCGGAGCAAUCGACAGCUUUGACGCUGAGAGUAGGGGGUCGUGGUGCAGCUCCGAACGCGACGGGCCCAACUCCCAUGAGGAAUACUCCAUCGUCAGCCUUGGUGAGGAAGGAUACCGUUAGACAAGUGCAUCCCGAGUGGCACGCUCCGUGGAAACCUUUCCGAGUCAUCAGUGGUCAUAUGGGUUGGGUCAGAAGUCUGGCUGUUGAGCCCGACAACAAGUGGUUCGCCAGCGGAGCGGGUGACCGUACCAUCAAGAUCUGGGACCUGGCAAGUGGACAGCUGAAGCUGACCUUGACUGGCCAUAUCAGUGCUGUGCGCGGGCUUGCCGUCUCGCCUCGCCAUCCGUACCUCUUCUCCUGUGGCGAGGACAAGAUGGUCAAAUGCUGGGAUCUGGAACAGAACAAGGUUAUUCGACAUUACCACGGACACCUCAGUGGCGUCUACACAUUAGAUCUUCACCCAACUCUAGACGUCCUGGUUACCGGCGGUCGGGACGGUGUCGCUCGCGUAUGGGACAUGCGGACACGGACAAACAUCCAUGUCCUAAGCGGACACAAAGGUACUAUAUCGGAUCUCAAGUGUCAAGAGGCGGACCCGCAGGUGAUAACAGGCUCAAUGGACUCCACCAUCCGGCUCUGGGACCUCGCCGCUGGCAAGACUAUGGGUGUCCUGACCCACCACAAGAAGAGCGUUCGAGCACUCACCCUCCACCCCAACGAAUUCACCUUCGCGUCCGGAUCCUCCGGAUCGAUCAAGCAGUGGAAGUGCCCUGAAGGCGCCUUCAUGCAGAACUUCGAGGGGCAUCCAGGCAUCAUCAACACGCUCUCCGUUAACGAGGACAAUGUACUGUUCUCGGGUGCUGAUGACGGCACCGUCGCCUUCUGGGACUGGAAGACAGGCCAUAAAUUCCAGUCGUCGCAGAGUAUUGCUCAACCUGGAUCUCUCGACGCUGAGGCAGGAAUUAUGUGCUCGACGUUCGAUAAGACGGGACUCCGUCUGAUUACUGGAGAGAGCGAUAAGAGUAUCAAGGUCUGGAAGCAGGAUGAGGAUGCCACGGAAGAGACUCAUCCGCUUGACUGGCAGCCUACCCUUGGACGACAUAAGUUCUAG